AUGAUGGUGGGCCCGGGCCGAGCUCAUGGCCACAGAAACCGCCUCCGCCGCCUCAUCCCGCGGCUCUUCCUCCUCGUCUUCGCCGUCUAUGCCGCCUCCUUCGCGAUCUACCUCCUCCAGUCCCAGUCCCACCACGAGUCGCCGCCGGACCCCACCCCGAGGACUGAUGCCCGUGACGGCGUUGGGGCGCCGUCGUCCUCGCAGAAGCCGUGGCCGCGGCUCCCGUCCUUCCUUCCCUGGGUGUCCAGCGCCGCUCCGCCGCCGCCGCCGCCGCCGCAGCACACCUGCGAGGCCUACUUCGGCAACGGCUUCUCCCGCCGUGUGGACGUCCUCCCCGCGGGCCGCGGGGGCGGUGGCGGCUGGUUCCGGUGCCACCACAGCGAGACGCUGGGAAGCUCGAUCUGCGAGGGCGCCAGGGUGCGGCUUGACCCGGCGCUCAUCGCGAUGUCCCGCGGCGGGGAGCCGCUGGAGCAGGUGAUGGGCCGCGCCGAGGAGGAGGAGCUGCCCAAGUACGAGCCCGGCGCGCUGCAGGUUGAGGGGCCGGCGGCGGGUAGGACGGCGCCCCUGGUGGACGCGGGGUUCCUCAACGACUACGUGCCCACCGGCGGGAUCGGGAUGCACACUAUGAGGGCCCUGCUCGAGUCGGCGCGCGUUGUGCCUCCCGGUGAGCUGCACUGCUCUCAGUGGGUUGAAGAACCGACACUUCUGGUCACUCGUUUUGAAUAUGCAAACCUUUUCCACACAAUUACGGAUUGGUACAGUGCAUAUGUUAGUUCCAGAGUCACGAAUUUACCAAACCGUCCUAAUGUUAUAUUCGUGGAUGGGCAUUGCAAGGCACAAUUGGAGGAAACAUGGGAAGCACUUUUCUCAAGUGUGACAUAUGCUAAGAACUUCUCUGGUCCUGUUUGUUUCCGACAUGCCAUUCUUUCACCAUUGGGCUAUGAGACUGCCAUGUUUAAAGGCCUCAGCGAGAGCUUCAGCUGUGAAGGUGCCUCCGCAGAGUCCCUCCGAGAAAAAACGGACUACGAGAAAACUGCACGGCUAUCUGAAUUCGGGGAAAUGAUUGUAGCUUCUUUUGAUCUUCUGCAGGAUGACAUCAUGUCAUCCAAAAAAUCAAAUGGGCUCAAUAUUCUCUUUGUUCGGCGAGAAGACUACUUGGCCCACCCACGCCACACUGGUAAGGUUGAAUCCAGACUAAGCAAUGAGCAGGAGGUGUAUGAUGCAAUUGACAAGUGGGCACAAGGUCUGAAGUGCAAAGUGAAUGUUGUCAACGGUCUUUUCGCCCACAUGACCAUGAAGGAGCAACUGCGUGCUAUCCUGGAAGCUUCAGUGGUAAUAGGGGCUCAUGGGGCCGGUCUAACACACUUAGUUUCAGCAACUCCUGAUACAAAGGUUCUUGAGAUUAUCAGCAGCAUGUACCGGCGCCCACAUUUUGCGCUGAUCUCACACUGGAAGUCUUUAGAGUACCAUGCCAUAAAUCUUCCUGGGUCAUUUGCAAGGAUCACAGAUGUCAUCAGUGAGUUAAGAAAAAUACUGGAAGGUCUCGGAUGCUGA